AGGUGCCGUUCCGAUUUUUGACACUUGCUUACGUUUUGAUGUGUUUUUGACAAGCAAAUUAAAAAAUAGUUUAAUUUUAAUGUAUUCCUGUAGAUUUUUUAAAUAAAAAAUAGAAUUGUUGUCUUUUGUAUUUAUUUAAAAUAUGAAUGACACAACCGAUUGGCAAAGUAUUGAAAAAGACGAUUUCUUAAAACAAUUUCUAAGUGACAAUGAACAGCAAAGUGCCGUUAGUCAGAUACUAUCCGUAACUCAACAACUUAAUAGGUUAGGUGAAGCCAUUGCAGUUUUGGAUGCGGAAUUGCAAAAGCAGGUACUCGCCAAUUACGAAGAUUUACUUUCUCAAGCAACAUGGGUAGAGAAACUCGAAGAGGUUUUAGCAGUGAUGCAGAGUCAUGUGCAGAGCCUUUUAUCGGCUGUGGAACGAUUGCGAGGAAAGGUUGUCGAACCUUUCAACCGAAUAGAAACGCAAACAUUAAUGCUUGCGAGGCUUCAUGAAACUUCGGAUUUAUUACGUAAAAUUGCGAGAAUGCAGCAUUUGUCGAAACGUUUGAAUUCACAAAUGAGUAGCAGUAAUAAUGGACCUGACGUUGUUAAAGCUGCCAAUUGCCUUCACGAGCUUGAAUUGCUAAUAUCGGACUCGGAUUUAAGUAAUUUAGACAUAAUCGCAGAUGAUCAACAAACAAUAAAAUCUCAUAGAAUGACGGUGCAAAAAGUAGCCACUCAUGCUUUGACUAGUGGAUUGCAAGCUAAAGAUAGAGGACAGGUUAGCACAGCAGUACAAGUAUUUGAAAACCUAGGAAUUCUUGACAAUGCAAUAAAAACGAUAGAAUCUUCUGCUUCUUCGGAAAUUGAAGAUUUUGCGAGAGAAGCUCUUGAUGUUUCUUUAGCUUCUAAUCAAGAUUCGACAAAAAGAGGAGCUCCUGGAAGAGCAAUGGUACCUUCUCCAGGUUCUUCGGGAAAUCUUCGCAACAGGUUGUGGGAAAAUCUGGAAAGACUUUUCCAGGAUUCGAUAUACAACCAGUGCAUUCAAAUUGAGUUGCUGCAAAGGAUAUUGUUGGAAAACCAUUCGCAAAAGUUUGAAAAUAUGUCGCAAGCUUUUUGGGACAAGGUGACUGCGAUGGUUGCAAAUAUCCUUGUAGAACGUGCUCAAGGAUCUUCUUUCAUAAAACAGGCCUUGGAAGGCGAGUAUCCAAAAUUCUUGAGAAUCUUCCUGGACUUGAGUAAACAUCUUAAAGAGCGUUCGCAGGCGAUUGGAACAUACUCUGUAAAUCGAAAUAUUUUAGCUCCUUUUGAGAAUGCUUAUUUGUCAAGAUCAGUCUCCAGGCUUUUGGAUCCGGUUCAUACAAUGUUUUCUGGAGAUGGCGCUCCUGGUCAGGAAGAAAUCGACAGCCUGAUUAGAACCAUAACGAGUGAACUGAGUGUUUCGCUAGUGGAUGAAGGCCUAUCAACAGUCGUGGCUCGAAACGUAGGCAAAGCAAUUCGCCUAUUCUGUUUGAAAUGUGAGCAAAAUUUGUUAACAGGAGGUGAAGCGAGUCAAGUAAUUGAUUCUCCGACUGCGGGACAGCAAACAAACGUCACACUGGCAAAUCUUUUACAUUAUCUUUCCACUCAGACGAAUAGAGUCAUCGCUAAUUUGUCAAGUAGUCUACCGUCAGAAGGUGCCGCUGUAAUUGCAACAGCCCUCGAAGAUACGAGCACUUUGUCGAAAAAUAUUCUCGCACCUUUGCUUUCUUCAAUCAAUGAUGCGAUUGAGAGCAUUAUUUUAACUAUGCACGACGAUCCUGAAUUUCGAGAGCCCAGUAGUCCCCUGGGAAGAGAAGUUGGAGCCUCGCUUUACAUGCGAGAACUUCAGGGAUUUAUUCUUCGUUCUGUGAAUACUUUCCUCGCUCCUUACAAGAAUCAAACUGUAGUUGCGGAAUGUUGUAAAUCUGUUGCGUCGAGGUGUAUUGAAUUAUUUGUGAGACACGCCUGUUUGCUGAGACCUUUAAGCGAUUAUGGAAGAGCAAAACUUAUCGCCGACUUUGCACAGAUGGAAGUAGCGGUCGCUCCUCUUUGUCGAGGAGGACAACUAGGUUCUCUUGAACAGCAACAGUACAGAAUAUUGAGAGCUCUGAGAGCCCUUCUUCCUCUAGACGCUGAAGAAAUGGUACAGAAAGUUUUGGAAGAUGGAGAAAGCAGUGUUCCACCUUCUCUUAUACUUUUACAUCUCUUUUCGGGAGCGCCUUCUGAUCUACAAUCUCCCCAUCAGAGUGCCAACUGGUCCAUCAGUCGAUUGUCAAAAUGGAUGGACAGUCACCCGAGUGAAAAGGAACGACUCGCAUUAAGCAAUGGUCCUCUCCAACGUUAUCAAUUAACAGUUCGACAACGCAAUCUUCCCUCUUUCCACAACCUCUUCCCCUUAAUGACCAAAUUAGCCAGCUUUUACGAUCGUUGAAUUUUACAAUUUGAAACUGUCCUCUAAGAUCCCUCUUCGUUUUCCAAUGAUUGUUAUACGAAAAUAUUUAGAAAAUAAAUAAAUACAUCAAAGUCCA